CAGUUGGAAUGAGCAAUGAGGAAAAGCUAGCACUCCUGGCUCUACAGUGUCACUAUGACUUGAUUCAAGUUCGGUGAUACAUCAGGGAAAGGGAAGCUGAGUUGUGCUGGGACUGAGGGCUUUACCCCCUGGAUGGUAACCCGUAGAGGUUUAAGGAGGGGGCUGGGGCAAAGAGUGGAUUAUCAGAAUAAUUAGAUGGACUCUAUCAGAUUCCUUUAUGUUUGAACGGGAUAGACCUGCAUGCCUUCCACCAUGGGCAAUGCAGCCAUGUGUAAGGUGUGUGGUACAGACAAGGGCCUAAGAACAGCUGGGAGCCAGUCUGACCUGGACAAGAACCCUUUGCCAGAGUACUUCUGCCCUGAACAUUUUCCUGUGCAGCCUUCACUGAUGCCGUCGGACAGUAACACUAGUUUUCUGCGAGCAGCAAGAGCGGGGAACAUCGACAAGGUCUUGGAAUAUCUCAAAGGAGGUGUGGACAUCAGCACCAGCAAUCAGAAUGGUCUUAAUGCACUGCAUCUGGCUGCCAAGGAGGGCCAUGUGGAUCUGGUCCAGGAGCUUUUAGAUCGAGGUGCAGCUGUGGAUUCAUCCACAAAGAAGGGAAACACUGCCCUUCACAUAUCCUCUCUGGCUGGUCAGGCUGAAGUUGUGAAGAUCCUGACAAAACGAGGAGCUGACAUCAAUUCACAGUCUCAGAAUGGAUUUACUCCUCUGUACAUGGCAGCCCAGGAGAAUCACCUGGAUGUGGUGCGCUACCUGCUUGAAAAUGGAGGCAACCAGAGCAUUGCAACAGAAGAUGGUUUUACCCCCCUGGCCAUUGCCCUCCAGCAGGGACACAACCAGGUGGUCUCCAUCUUGCUGGAAAACGAUACCAAAGGCAAGGUUCGACUGCCCGCCUUGCACAUUGCCGCACGCAAGGAUGACACCAAAUCAGCCGCCCUGCUACUUCAGAAUGAUCACAACGCCGAUGUCCAGUCAAAGCAAUGUCCAGUGCAUGGAGUGUGCCACUGUCUGCAGAUGAUGGUCAAUAGGACUACUGAGAAUGGCAAGAGCGGAUUCACCCCGCUGCAUAUUGCUGCCCACUAUGGAAACGUCAAUGUGGCCACUCUUCUGCUGAACCGUGGGGCGGCCGUGGAUUUCACAGCCAGGAAUGGAAUAACUCCCCUUCAUGUGGCGUCCAAGCGUGGCAACACCAACAUGGUCCGCCUGUUACUGGACCGAGGCUCUCAGAUUGAUGCUAAAACACGAGACGGUCUGACUCCCCUUCACUGUGCGGCACGGAGUGGACAUGAAACAGCUGUGGAGCUGCUGCUGGAGAGAGGAGCCCCUUUACUGGCCAGAACCAAGAACGGCCUGUCCCCGUUGCACAUGGCGGCACAAGGGGACCACGUAGAAUGCGUCAAACACCUCCUGCAGCACAAGGCUCCCGUCGACGAUGUUACACUGGACUACCUGACAGCGCUGCAUGUGGCAGCCCACUGUGGUCACUACAGGGUCACCAAACUGUUGCUGGAUAAGAGGGCCAAUCCUAACGCCAGGGCUUUGAAUGGCUUCACUCCGCUGCACAUUGCCUGUAAGAAGAACCGAGUAAAAGUGAUGGAGCUGCUGGUUAAAUACGGGGCGUCAAUCCAGGCCAUCACAGAGUCUGGUCUGACUCCCAUCCACGUAGCGGCCUUCAUGGGUCACCUGAACAUCGUCCUGCUCCUGCUGCAGAACGGCGCCUCGGCGGAUGUCAGCAAUAUACGUGGAGAAACAGCAUUACACAUGGCAGCCCGCGCCGGUCAGGUGGAGGUGGUCAGAUGUCUGCUGAGGAACGGAGCCAUGGUGGAUGCUCGAGCACGGGAGGACCAGACUCCUCUUCACAUUGCGUCCCGUCUGGGGAAAACGGAGAUUGUGCAGCUGCUGCUACAACACAUGGCCCACCCUGAUGCUGCCACAACCAACGGUUACACCCCGCUCCACAUCUCUGCCAGGGAGGGGCAGGUCGAGACCGCCUCCGUCCUGCUGGAGGCGGGGGCUUCACACUCGUUGGCCACAAAGAAAGGGUUCACCCCCCUGCAUGUGGCUGCCAAGUAUGGAAACCUAGAUGUAGCCAAACUGCUGCUGCAGCGCUGUGCUCCUCCAGAUUCUGCUGGAAAGAACGGUCUCACUCCGCUUCAUGUUGCAGCACAUUACGAUAACCAAAAGGUGGCGCUCCUGCUUUUGGACAAAGGAGCAUCUCCCCACACGAUGGCUAAGAAUGGAUACACUCCUCUGCACAUCGCGGCUAAGAAGAACCAGAUGGACAUCGCCACAGUGCUGCUGCAGUACGGUGCAGAGACCAACAUCCUGACCAAGCAGGGGGUCACUCCACUCCAUCUGGCUUCCCAGGAGGGUCACGCAGAAAUGGCUGCCCUGCUGAUCAGCAAGGGAGCCCAAAUCAACGUCCCCACCAAGAGUGGCCUGACCGCCCUGCAUCUGGCAGCCCAGGAAGACAGAGUGUCCGUGGCUGAGAUCCUCGCCAAGAACGGCGCCAACUUGGACCACCAGACUAAACUGGGUUACACCCCACUAAUCGUAGCGUGUCACUACGGUAACGCCAAGAUGGUGAACUUCCUGCUUCAAACCGGGGCCUGCGUCAAUGCCAAGACUAAGAGCGGAUACACUCCUCUUCAUCAAGCUGCCCAACAAGGAAACACACACAUCAUAAAUGUUCUGCUGCAGUCUGGUGCCAAACCCAAUGCCAUUACUGUGAAUGGUAACACGGCGCUGGGUAUAGCCCGGAGGCUCGGCUACAUCUCUGUGGUGGACACACUGCGGGUCGUCACAGAGGAGAUCAUCACCACAACCACGACGGUGACAGAGAAACACAAGCUGAACGUGCCUGAGACCAUGACGGAAGUACUGGAUGUCUCGGAUGAAGAAGCAUGGAGAACCAUUGAUGAGGAUGUUCUGUCCGACGUGACAGACGAAGAAGGUGACGACACAAUGACCGGUGACGGUGGAGAGUAUCUGAGGCCUGAGGACCUCAGGGAGCUGGGAGAUGAUUCGCUGCCAGGACAAUACCUGGAUGGAAUGAACUACCUCCGCUUCAGCCUGGAGGGGGCACGUACUGAGAGUCGAAUGCAAAGUUCAGACAGGUCCUUCACACCCACCCAUCACGGCUACUACUCUCCAAGACAUGAAGGCACGAUGGACGAGAUGCUCACCAGUCACCAGGUUUCAUCACUUGCCAGGGAGAAUGAGAGGGAUUCCUACAGACUGAGUUGGGGAACAGAGAACCUGGAUAACGUGGCUUUGUCCUCCAGCCCCAUCCAUUCAGGCCGUUCCUCUCCGUGCCAUGAUCAUGGAGACCACAGCAGCUUCCUGGUCAGCUUCAUGGUGGACGCCAGGGGUGGAGCCAUGCGCGGUUGCCGACACAACGGCCUACGCAUCAUCAUUCCACCCAAGAAGUGCAGCGCCCCGACACGGGUGACCUGUCGGCUGGUGAAACGGCACCGUCUGGCCACCAUGCCCCCCAUGGUGGAGGGCGAGGGCCUGGCCAGCAGGCUCAUUGAAGUGGGGCCGUCUGGAGCCCAGUUUCUUGGUAAACUUCACCUCCCCACUGCCCCUCCACCCUUAAAUGAGGGAGAGAGUUUGGUUAGCAGAAUCCUCCAGCUUGGUCCGCCGGGGACAAAAUUUCUUGGUCCUGUGAUUGUUGAAAUCCCUCACUUUGCCUCACUCCGAGGGAAGGAGCGGGAGCUGGUGAUCCUCAGGAGUGAGACGGGAGAGAGCUGGAAGGAACAUCAGUGUGAAUACACUCCAGAGGAACUCAACCAGAUCCUGAAUGGCAUGGAUGAGGAGCUGGAUCCGCCAGAGGAACUGGAACGGAAACGCAUUUGUAGAAUCAUUACCAGAGACUUCCCCCAAUACUUCGCCGUGGUGUCGCGCAUUAAGCAGGACAGUCAUUUGAUUGGUCCUGAGGGGGGUAUCCUAAGCAGUACCGUUGUGCCUCAAGUGCAGGCAGUUUUUCCUGAGGGGGCGCUGACCAAGAGGAUUAGAGUUGGACUGCAGGCACAGCCAGUGAGUUUAGACGUGGUAAGGAAGAUCCUCGGUAACAAGGCCACCUUCAGUCCCAUUGUCACCCUGGAGCCUCGCAGGAGAAAGUUCCAUAAACCCAUUACCAUGACCAUCCCCAUCCCCAAGAGCAACUCGGACCCGAUUCUUAACGGUUUUGGAGGGGACACACCCACAUUACGACUGCUCUGUAGCAUAACGGGAGGAACAACGCCUGCUCAGUGGGAGGACAUCACAGGGACAACACCAUUAACAUUCAUUAAUGACUGUGUCUCCUUCACCACUAAUGUUUCUGCAAGGUUCUGGCUCAUAGACUGUCGACAGGUCCAGGAAUCUGUCAACUUCUCCACUCAGGUGUAUCGAGAGAUCAUCUGUGUUCCCUACAUGGCCAAGUUUGUGAUCUUUGCCAAGUCCCAUGACCCGAUUGAGGCCAGAUUGCGCUGUUUUUGCAUGACUGACGAUAAGAUUGAUAAAACACUGGAACAGCAGGAGAACUUCAGUGAGGUGGCUCGUAGCCGGGACGUAGAGGUUCUGGAAGGGAAACCUAUAUAUGCAGACUGCUUUGGAAACCUUGUUCCGCUCACCAAAAGUGGCCAACAUCAUCUGUUCAGCUUUUAUGCCUUCAAGGAGAACAGGCUAGCACUCUUCAUCAAAAUUCGGGACAACACUCAGGAGCCAUGUGGCAGACUUUCAUUUAUGAAGGAACCCAGGAACUACAGGUCACUUCACCAAAAUGCCAUAUGCAACCUCAAUAUCACCCUUCCAUCAUACAGCAAAGACUCAGAUUCAGACCAAGAGCAAGAAGAACAGCCGGGCAGAACCUUCGAGAGAUAUGAAGAGAUGGAGACAUCAGGCCUGAAAUCUGAGCUGAUUCGAGAACCAGAUCUCCUGUCCGACGUGUCAGAAAUGAAACAGGAUUUGAUUAAAAUGACUGCCAUCUUGACUGCAGACUCGACUGAGAAAUCCCCUUCCUUAGGAAGGUGUGGUGUAGAGAAGGGAACAGAGGAUGUUUCUGGAGAACCAUUAGAAAUAAUGGAGAAGGACCUUGAGAAAGUCAAGGAAGACCUCAAGAAAGUCAAUGAGAUACUACGAAGUGGAACAUAUCAGGGUGAGGUGGCAGAGGAGAUGGCUAACGCAGCCAAAUUGACUGAGGAGUGGGUUCUCCUCUCAGACUCUGAGAUAGAGGAGGCCAAAAGAAUGGCCGCCCUAGAAGUUCAGGAACCUGUGUUACGUGAAAGUAAGGCCAAGAGAGGGGCUCCCAGACCAAAAGCCAUCAAAGGCAGUGGUGACCUUAAAGAAUAUCUCCUGGAUGCACCAGUGAGCUCUAAAGUAAAGACAAAAAAAGAGACAGGUAUCCAAGAAAGAUUCACCGAUGUUGUACUACGGAAAAGUGCAAAACCACCAGUUCAAGCCAAAUCACAUGAAAGAAGCACAACUAGUGAUCUUAAAAAACCAGCGAGACGGAAGGGAAAGGACGAGGAGCCGGAAGAGGGAUCAACAGACACAGAAGCUCAUCUUAGUGUGCCAGAAGCUGCCGCUCCAGUAUCACCUGUGUCCCCAGUGAUUGAAGAAACCCCAAUUGGGUCAAUUAAGGACAAAGUCAAAGCCUUACAGCAAAAGGUUGAGGCUGAACAAACAAGCAAAAAGACCACUGGAAGCAAACCCUCACAUUUGCCGGUUAUGAGUAAAUCUUCACCAAAAGCCAAAGGAACCCCUAAAUCCAAACAGCCUCUUCCUAAAUCCCCAAAAGCUGAAUCAGAAAAACUUGAGGAGACAAUGUCAGUUAAAGAACUCAUGCAAGCCUUUCAGACAGGACAGGACCCAUCAAAGAGAAAGUCUGGGCUAUUUGAGCUCAAAACUACUACAUCAAGAUCAGAGAAAACUACACAGUCUAAAUCUGUCCAGUCAAAGUCUACGACCAAAGAAGUGACCUCCCAUGUCUCACAAGAUCAAGACGUUUUGCUGGAUCCCAAAAAUGACACAAAAGAAACAACUUUGCAGGAGAAGGAUAAAGAAAUCAUAUCAAGCACUCACCCUGAACUAACUGAAACUGUAGACUUUGGAGAUGGUGGCCUUGAUGAUAGCUCUGACAGCUGUAAACAUGAGGGCGUGGCAGAAUCACUAAGUGGCAGUUCUGGAGAUGGAACCCAUCACCUUAGCUCAGAGGACAGUUACAAACAUGAAGGAAUGGCCAGUCCAGGCUCAAGCCCUGAGAGUCUGUCUGGAAAACAGUCAUCUACAGCAUUGGUGCCAGCUUCCACAAAAGUUAAAAAAGACCUUUCAGACAAAGAGAAGUCUGGAGACUCGGGUGUAGCGACCUCUGGUGACCAGGUAUCUACAGAAAUGACAUUCCCUGUGUCUUCCAGCGAGGCUGCAGAUGACCACACAACAAGUGAGUCAAUAUCUGUUAGGAAGACUGAGUCUAAACCUUCUAAACCUCGAAACCUUACUAAGAGAGUUUCAGAAACUGUAGAAACAUUUCUUAGUGAUGAUGAUAGCCCUGAUGAUCAGGUAGCAUUGUCAUUAGUUGGUUCUCCAGUCUCAAAAUCCCCACCUAAGCAUAAUGAAAGCUUUAACCUGCCUUUGAGGCAAGAAUCAGAUGCCCUCAGUCCAUUAGCUGAUGACUCUUUGACAAUGAGCAACAAAGACUCUCUAGAGGGUAGUCCUCUGAUUGAAGAACAUUCUUCCCAUAAAUCCCCAGACUCUAUUGAGCCCAGUCCAACCAUAGAAUCACCCCCUCGUGAUUCCUUGGAGAGCAGUCCAGUAGAGCAAAAAAGCCACCCAUCCUUCCCACCAGUACCCAAUGCUAAAAAUUCCUCUAGCCACACCUCACCCUCUAAGGCCAAAGACCUCCCCCAAGAUGCUUUCCAUGGUAGGCUGCUUCGAGACCCUGAAGUUAGUGCUGAUGAUGACAGUUGUGAGCAGACAUCUCAGAUGACAAGUUCGGGUAAGAGUCCCCUCUCCCCUGAUACCCCUAGUUCUGAAGAGGUAAGUUAUGAGGUAAACCCCAAACUCCCUGAAAAUGCAUUCCUGUGUAUUUCAUUCAAACCAGCUGUUAUCCCUGAAGACCCCGAAGGUGCGGAUGCAACAGACAGCUGUCAAGCUAAGAAAAACGUCACUCCAGAGAAGGAAAUGUUUAAGAUGGCUGCAAAAAUAAAAACUUUUAAUGAAAUGGAACAAGACACAAAGAGCAAAAGGAAGUCUAGCAAAGAUUUGUUUUCCUCAGCAGAUGACAAGAUAGGGGAUAACAGCUGUCAAACAUUAAAGCCCAGCAGUGAGGGACCUUCGCAAAGUGAAUGUCGACUCAAUAGAGGCACAGAAGAUUCAAAGUUAGCUCUUUUUAUUGCUCAAGAUAUUAAAGUACAACCUCCCUCUCCUUUUUCAGCAGGUAUGCAUGAUGGAACCCAGAGCAAAGAGGCCAAGAACACAUCAGCCACUGUCACUGAGGGAACUCACUCUGUCUCAGACCAGCUUCAUUCAAAAUCCAAAAUGAAAACGUCAUGUGAAGAACCCCCAUCAUCUGCUGAAGCUGUAAAAUAUGUUUCUAACUCAACGGCACCAUUUACAAGCAUUGAAAACAGGACAGAUGAGCAAAAAGAGGAUAGCUUGAGGGGGUCAAGGGAAAAAAAAGAAGAGAAUAGUAGUCAGAUGUUAGUCGUUAGCAAGGUGAAGACAAGUUGUAAUGUUACAGAUGAAGUGAAAGGAGAUAGAUGGGGUCAUUCACCAGAACCUGGCCUCUGUCCAGAAGUUGCCAUAGGUGAAACAAGUCAUACGGUCUGUAUGCAUGAUGACGUAGAAGAAGAGAAUGAGUCAUCAAAUCUUCCGAGAACUGAAUCAAAAGGAGUCACUGCAAGAGUGGACACUGUGUCAUGGUCUUCCAUGAGAGAGGACGAUGCCACAUUUGCAGCUCGUGUGAAAGAGGAAGAACAGAAGAUCCUCAAUCUUGUGGUGGACCGUCAGCAAGAGACUCCAGACACCACACCUGGUAGAACACCAACAGAAGAGAACACUCCUACCAGUGAGCCCAAUCCUUUUCUUUUCCAGGAAGGGAAGCUCUUUGAGAUGACACGGAGUGGUGCGAUUGACAUGACUAAGAGAAGCUAUGAGGAGGAGGGGGGUGCCUUCGCUUUUUUCCAGAUAGGUGAACAGUCUUUAGAGGAGCCUACAUUAGAGGAGCCCAGGCAAGAAGAUAGAUUAGCUGCAGAAUCAGGAGUAGGUCUUAAUUUAACACUGGAGAUUAAAACUGAGGAAGAGCUUGUAUUAAAAGAUGAAACUGAAUCACAGCUUCAACCCCCAACAGAAGCAGAUCAGGUAGAUUGUAAAGCUGAUGCGUCCAAAUCUAAAAUCCCUAAAAUGGGCAUUUCAGCUUCGACCAAAACUCCAAAGAAAGAACUGACUUCCCCUGAGCCUCUUGAGACCAAAACAGAAAAGAACAUAAAUGACAGAUCGUUAGAUUUAGAAACAAGUUCAAAUGAACAACCAAUAACAAAUGUACAGACUGCAGAAACUACUGUUACUAGAUCAGUUUACUCUGAGCAAGGUGAAGAGUCCUCUGAUUCCUCCCCAGAAGAAACAAAGUCAGUGGUAGAAGCCCCCAAAACAACAGGCAAGCAGGCAGUUAAAAGUGCUUCCCAUAACGCUAAGAAGACUCAAAGCUCAGUCAAAGUACAAGCUAAGUCUGUUCCUCAAGGUCGGGCAAAAUCUAUGAUUCCUUCACCAUCUCAUGUAACACCCCCCUCAGCAGCCGUUAAAAAAGAGACCUCCUUCACUUCCGAAUCCAAAUCCAGGAUUCCUAUCAAGGCUAGCUCUGCUAAGCCUGAUUCCAAUGCUAAACGCAUGGAAUCCACUCAAGAGAAAAAGCUUAAGGUUUCUGUGAAAAAGGGUACAAGGAGAAAAUCUGACACAGAUGCAGGUCCCUCUGUGGAUGUCAAAACCAAGACACAAUCUUCCAAAGCCCGGAGUUUCUGUGAGGGGGAGUCUACUAGAUCACUUACUAAAAAGGAACAGGGUUGUCCCAUGACUGUUGAGUCAGGAAGAUCUAAAGGUUUUCAGUCCAGGUUGCCAGUCCGUGGCAAAAGUGCUCAGUCAUCUCAUCCAACCACACCCACUAAAGAAAAUAGCAAACCACAGAAACAGUCUAUUGACUUCUUUGAAGAGAUCAGUGACGAAGCAGCAAAACUCGUGGCAAGGUUGGCACAGGCUGAGACUAAUAAAGAGGAAGAGGCGGUAGCUGCUCUCUCCGAUGACGAGAGCAGUCUCAUUGAUCCAUCAAUUAUAGAAAGAGAACCCUUCCCAGAUCUGCGGUUCCCACCCUCAGGAGACGUCUUUCCCAUUAGACCACUGUGGGACGACCCUGUUGAGACACAGAUGCAGCGAAUUCCAGAUGAUAAAGUCCAAAGUCAAGUAGAUCCACAGGAGGAAGCAGAAAGAUAUGAGCAACGGUUGACCAUUAUAGCAGACCACCUGGGCUUCAGUUGGACGGAGUUAGCCCGAGAGUUGGACUUCAGUGAGGAGAAGAUCAACAUGAUAAGAACUGAAAACCCAAACUCACUGCAAGAUCAAAGCCAUGCCCUAUUGAACCUUUGGACUGUGAGAGAGGGACACAGUGCCACAGCAGAAGCAGCACUUAUAAAGAGGUUGACCAAAAUCAACCGAAUGGACAUUGUUCAUCUUAUUGAAACCAAGAUAAAUAAAUCUUCUGAUGAGGAGACAUGUUCACAUACCUACGCAGAGAUCGAGCAGACCAUCAAUCUGGACCACAGUGAAGGUUUCUCUGCCCUUCACGAAGAUAUUGACAGUCCAAGGCCAGGCAGGCGUAAAGGAGCAGCAGACAGAAGCCCAGUUUCAGGACAACAAGUGCCCAUGGUGUCAGCAGAGGAGCUAUCUACUAGUUUGUCAUCGCUUCACGAGACAUCAAGGCGAUCUGAGGCAGGUGCCACAGCUACAGAAUGUCUGAAAAAAGCCCAGAAAGAAAAACUGCAAACAGAGUUGGAAACAACAAACUCAUCACAAAGAAUAUACGAGGAAGUCACUGACCCAGUCCACAUGGGCAGUUAUAAGCAAGCGGAUAUCCUGCCAGACAUCCCCCCACAGACGGUGACUGAAGAGAAGUACACAGACGAGCAUGGCAACAUGGUGGUGAAGAAAAUCACACGGAAGGUGGUUCGUAAAUACGUGUCCGCCGAUGGCUCAGAGACACAGGAAGUGAGCAUUGAGGGUUCCCACCAGGAGAUGGUGCAGAUAGAGGAAGGAGAUGCCGUAUCCAGAGUGGUGAAGAGAACCGUGCUUCACAGCGAGGGAGAUCAGAAAGAGCUGACCUUCUCUGAGCCCCUGGCUCAAGGUGCCAACACGUCGUCAGUGUUUGAGGUGGAACCUGUACAGGGUCGAAAGGUCAGCAAAGUUGUCAAGACGACUGUGGUGAAGGGCGAGAGGAUGGAGAAGCAGAGAGGAGACCCAUCAUUAGCUGCUGAUCUCCCCUCAGCCCAGGAGGACUUUGUGAAGGCGUUGAGUUACGCUGGAGGCUUUGGCAAAGUGCUCCUGCCUCAUGUGGUAGAGAAGGAGAUUGUACAGGAGGACGGUUCUGUGGUUAAAAGAAGCCAGAUGCGUAAGUCACGCACUCAGAAGAGGACCGUGGUGAGGGAUGCCCAGGGGAAGCAUGUACACCUGGAGCGUCUGGACGACACCCCGGACGCUCUGCAGCCCGACGCCCUGCAGCAGCACCUGCACCACCUGCUCCAACGUUACUGCGAGGACGACCAGGAGGGGGAGGGGGAGCAGGAGCAGGAGCAGGAAGAGGAACAGGAGAGAACUGACUGAGCAGCUACUUCCACUGAUCCCCCACCACUUCUUCCACUGAAGCCUUUGGUGACGUUCUUCCUCAGAGCCAGACUUCCUUCUCUCCUGUCAGAGUUUUUUUGUUUUGUUUUGUUUUUUGUUUGUGGAUUUCAGAACAGGAUUUGUGCUUUAAUAUUUUUUCCUUUGCUCUGAUUUUGACCAAAGAAAGCACCCCUCAUUGCUUUAGAUGUUUUAUUUUAAAGUCUUCAGCGGCUGUGACGUGAUGGAAGUACCGCGCACCAACGGGCACAUCGGAGUUAAAGGGAGCUUCUUGCACCUCAUUCAUGGGCCUCUUCCCCAAGAACACUUGUAAAGAUUUGUACAUAGUGGAGAUGAAAGGAAUCGAGGUGUGACUGGAAAGAAAAUCAACAAAUUAAAAGCAUUUAAUACAUUAGCCCACAUAAACCUGCUGUACAUGCACUGAUUUAGCUGGAGAGAGGGCACUGUACUGAUGAAAUUACUGCUCCUUGGAAAAUAAAAUGAAGAGGGUGUGUGUGUGCGUGUGUGUUUGUGUGUGAAGCGAUCCUUUAUGAACAUAGCUUUUAUCUUCACCAACUCUUGUUAUUUCAGUUUGACUCCAGUGUGUCAUGUAUUCACAUCGUAGUGUUGCAGAGCCUCCCCCCCCCCACACACACACACACACACUGUGUGUCUGUAAAUAGUGUGUCUCAUAAAAAGAAAGUAGUGAUGAGGAAUGUUCCAGUGCAGAUGGAGUAAGCUACCCGCCCCCAGACUUCAGCUUCUUCCCUCUAUGAAUACUUUUAAAGGAUUUAUUCACCUGUUUUAACCUUAUUGCCAAAUGACUCCUAUGAUAAAGUAUGACAAAGGCUGCACAGCUCAGUUUAAAGAGACUGUAGCAAAGAAAUGACUCUGUUAACUGUACAGGCAACUCUCCCUUUACUCCCUAACCCAAAAAGGUUUUACCUUUUAUGACUGAGUUUUAAUUACAGUACUUUUUUGACAGGUUAUGCACACUGUAAUACCCAACUUUAACAGAGCGACCAACCAGGUCAGAUCUGCUGGCCAGUUUUUUGCGAGGUUAAGGAAAGUAUGUAACUGCUGAUUGAAGGUGGCUUUUAAAGGGAUAGUUAAGUGUUUGAAGUGGGGUAGUGUGAGAUAGUUAUCAGUAGUCAUUACCAUACCUGCAGUUGACCAGUGUUUAAUUAACAUGAGUAUGCUCAUAAAGACAAACUGAUGAAAGCUAACAGUUAAUCUGACUGGGGCAUCCAGCUGAGCAGAUUUCAAACAUAAGGUUCUGAUGUACCUUUCCAUUUCUGCAAACAUGAGAAGCUUCAUGGACAACAAGCCUGGGCCCGUUUUCAUGCCCAGUUUCAGUUCAACUGAACAACAUCAUCCCAUCUAAAGACGUUUUCUCUACAGCUUCUGUGGGAGCAGUAAUGUGCUGCUUUACACACUGUCGGAUCAGAACAGGCGAGGAAGAUGAGCAACGGAAAACAAAGGGGGAAAGUGAUUUCUAACCAGAACAUUAGUCCAGUUUUUAGAGUCCUCUUGUCCCCAAGGGACAAAUUAUCCACACGAAAAAAAAUCAAAAAAAAAAAAAAAACAGCAGAUCUCUGCUCAAUUGAUUUCUUUAAAACUAGUUUUUCUAUGUUUAUAAAAUGUUAUACUUUGCAAGAUAGAUCAGUAUCACAAUAAGAUAUUAUCUCCCACCUCAACAAAACUAAAUAUUGCCCUGCUGUUCAUGCAUAUACACUGCCUGGCCGAAAAAAAAGUUGACACCAAGAAAAGGUCACACACUCUAAUAUUUCGUUGGACCACCUUUAGCUUUGAUUACGGCACACAUUCACUGUUGCAUUGUUUUGAUAAGCUUCUGCUAUGUCACAAGAUUUAUUUCCACCCAGUGUUGCAUUAAUUUUUCACCAAGAUCCUGCAUUGAUAAUGGUAGAGUCUGCCUGCCUCCAGCACAUCCCAAAGAUUCUCAGUGGGUUUAAGGUCUGGACUCUGUGGUGGUCAAUCCAUGUGUGAAGAUUAUGUCUCACACUCCCUGAACAACUCUUUCACAAUUAAAACCCAAAGAAUCCUGGCAUUGUCAUCUUGGAACAUGCCCGCGCCAUAAGUGAAGAAAAAAAUCCAUUGAUGGAAUAACCUGGUCAUUUGGUAUAUUCAGGUAGUCAGCUGACCUCAUUCUUUGGUUACAAGUGUAGUAGAAGAACAUGUUUUGUCGUUUUUCUUCGUCUGAUCAUAUAUCUGGCCCAUGGGUUUGUAUUCUUUUUUUCUGAUGUGGGUUUGGCACCACCCUCAGGUCGGGAGUAUUAUAGUUCUUUCAUGAGCGUUCAGCUAUUGUGGGAUUCAAACCAGGGAACUCAUGGCCAGUCCAAGAUGCAAGUGCCCCGCUCCAACCACUAGUCCCCACAAAUAAGCUCAGAGUGCAGGGAACUCUGUGUGUUGGGUUUUACAUGCAGAUAGUAGCAGGGUUAUCCUUCCUGGGUCAGACGUGAAGCUGUCCCCUGCUUGGGACGUGAUGGAAGCAGUUAUCAUAUCUGCAUUCCCAGAGUUUCCUCAUUAGCAUCCUUCUUCUGUACAUUCUGGCUCAAAGACAUGCAGCUCUUCCCAAAAAACCUUCAACUUAUUUUUGGUUCCUCAAUAUUUACAGUCUUGACAUAGUACUGGCUCAUCAGAUGCACUUAAUAACCCAGAAAUGGUUCAUCAGGGGAAAACAGCUGCAGAAAAUUAGCCUUGUGCUAAACUGUUCAGAGUAAAAAUGUGUGAAAAUACCAGUAUCAGGCGAUUCUGUUUGAAUUGUGUUAUGUGGUUGAAAUCUGCUCAACGAGACGAUCUGCCCACAUUUGUUGUUAGCCUUUCUUACAUAUGAGUGUUUGCUGAUAAUUCAUGUCAACCCUGCAGGUAAGGAACUGACUACAGAAAAUGAUUUAAUACCAGUUCUUUAAAAUCUCUGGACUAUAUCUUCAACGGCUUUAGUUUCCUUCAAUCAGAGAAUUCAGGAUGAUUGGAAAUGUUUCAGAUUUUCUCCAAAGUGGCCCCCUAUGAUUAACCAGUAUGGCAAGGCAAGUUUAUUUAUAUAGCACUUUUCAGUAACAAGACGAUUGAAAGUAGGCACUGGAAAUGCAAGGGGUACGUUGUAUGAGAUUUGUUUAAAACCUCCAAGAAAACAGGAAAGGUCUUUUUGAUUCUCCUGGUGUUUAAUAAAAGGUCACUCUGUGCACAAAUGUUGCCACAGGUCCACAAAACUACAGUGUUUAUUAUAUUUUCAGAAAAGAAUUAAUCAGGGAAAACAAAUUUCAAGUUUAUGUGAUUUCUGAUAUUUUGGCGAAACCUGAAGAUCUGUCAAAUGGGUCCUCUCACAACAGCAGUUAGAAUGGAAGAUGCUAUGAGGAGAUUUUUUGGUCACUAUUGAACGUAAAAUCUUAUUUUAUGACAGAUAAAAAAAAAUGCAUUGCCCAGACAAGGGUUGUGUUGUACUGAAGAUAAAACCAACUGAAAUUAACUCGAAUAGUCACAGAGCUUUCUUCUGUUCGUCAAUGCAAUGCUUGUCCAAAUGGUGUCUGAUCAGAUAACCUAAUACGCUUCCUAAAAGAGCCUGUGUGAAGAACUCUAGGUCAGUCCGAAACAUCUCUUUUGUUUCACAUUUCACACCAGAUUCGCUGACAUUGAGGGAAAACCCCCACCUAUCCUUUAAGUUGCCUCACACAGAUUAAUGUGCACAUGCUCUGCUUUUACUGCAGGUUGAUUUUGCCUUUGCAGCGUGGUCGUCACUGUUUACGUCAAAGACCAGCUGGAAUACAGGCUCGUUCCGACGCCAUUUAACUUCAUGAUCACAUCUCUGUUUGGUUUUGUAUUUGUUGCCAUCUGGUUUUAAUCUGUGUAUCUGCAGCACCUGGAGCUAACAGUGGUUUGUGUGUGUUUGGAUGUGAGGUUGAAUAGGUUCCAAAGCUGAAAGGAAAUACUACAAAAUGACAUGGUGUGUUAUCCUGCCCUGGCUGUCUGGUUUUGCCGACCAGACUGAUGAAGUGUGUGUUACACUCUGCCGUUUACUUUGAGUGUGAGCCACUGAAAGAAUAGAACCUGUGAUGUCCAAAUCUGUCCAUGAAUUUGAUAAAAGAGCAUCUUGUUUCCAUGGUGAUAUCAAUAUAUCCAUAUUAACAAUGCAAAUAUCUAUGCGGGCAUGUUUGACUGAAUUAUUCCUUAAAUAAAUACACCUGAAACGCUACAUGGCAUAGCAGCUGAAGUGUGUACAUGGCAAAUCAAUAAAACUGUAUAUGUGCCCAGCA